UCCUGCUCGGACGCUUAAUGUGGCUCUAUGAAGCAUCUUUCCAACAUGUGGUUUUCUUUUAUUUUUUGGUGGUCUUUGCCUCAUUUCUUCGUGAACGUAAAAGGAAUUGAUACCAAAGGAAAUUUACCAUGGAGCCCAACUAAUCUCCAAGUACUAAAUGAUACAGCAGUUUUGCCAGAUUAUAAGAUUGUUUUAAGCAUUGAAAAUCCCAGAGAAUAUAUAUCAAGCCCUGGAUUUCCUUAUGAAGACUAUUCCUCUAACAUUCAAAUAAUAUACGAAAUUGAGUUGAAAUUGAAGGAUGAAAUAAAGCAAGCAAGUAACAGAAUACUACUUACGUUUGAAAUGUUUAUGUUACAAGAAAGUCCUUUCUGCACGAAAGAUGGAGUAGAGAUUGCUGAUGCAUCUAAUCAAGUUAGAGUGCUCCAGAGGGGAAAAGAAUCGAAGUUAAGUUUGGCGAAACCUUUGACAUCCGGGCAUAUGAGCCACUCUGUGUGCAGGAUUACCUUGCUAUUAGUCUAACUGGUGAUUUCAAUACACAUAUAAAAAGGUACUGUCAUGGGAAAAGACCAGUAUCUGUAUACUCCACUGGGAAUAAUUUGUUGUUAAUGUUUCGUACUGACUGCUGUUUUGAAGGAAAAGGAUUUAGUGCAUCUUUCAUAGUUUUGGAUGAAGAAGAUAUAACUACAAGUCCACCUCCAGAGCCAAAACCAAAUGUUUGCUCUUGCGGGAAAGAAAACGAACCAGAUACAGAAAGGAUUAUGGGAGGACAAACAGUUAGUCCACCAAGCAGAUAUCCAUGGAUUGUUGCUUUAGUGAAAGAAAAGAAUGGCAAAAAUGACUUUUUCUGUGGUGGCACUUUAAUUAACAGACAAUAUAUAUUGACUGCUUCCCAUUGCAUUGAAAAGGAAAUUGAAGCUGAUGUAGGAAUUGCUUUGGGAGCCCAUAAUUCUGAAUCGAGUCAAGAUCUAGUUCCCGUUGGUCACUUCGUAAUGCACCCGGAUUAUAAAAAUAGAACCUACAUCAAUGACAUAGCACUAAUUAAGCUACAAGAUCCUGUUGAUUUCACAGAAACAGUCAGCCCUAUUUGUUUACCUGCUCAAAAAGAAUUUACUUCACCCAAGGAUUUAGCAGUUGUUGCAGGAUGGGGAUGGCAGAGAUUUAAUUUUGGACAAAGCAACACAGAGCUGCAAGAAGUUCAAGUUCCUAUAGUUUCUAAUCCAUACUGCGUCUCUAAGUAUGGAGGAGUUAUCCUUGAUACAAAUCUAUGCGCUGGCGGAGAAGAAGGAAAAGAUGCAUGCGCUGGAGAUUCUGGUGGGCCUUUAUUCACGAAAUAUGACGGAGUGUGGUAUUCAGCUGGUGUCGUGUCCUGGGGAAUGAGCUGUGGCAUCAAAGAUUAUCCUGGAGUUUACACUAGGGUUUCCGAAUACCUGGACUGGAUUCGUGACGAAACAAGUGAUGCACCACCAUGUGAUGACGAAGACAUAGCUCCUCCUGUCCAGCCAAAUUUAGAUGAUUGCGGAAUCCCAAAUUCUCAUGAUUCAGAGCGAAUAGCUGGUGGAAAAGAAGCAAAACCAUUCGAGUUUCCUUGGAUGGCAAUGAUUGUAUAUGAUAAAACUAUAGUAGGAGCCGGCGCAUUGAUAAAUCCAUAUUACGUCAUAACUGCUGCAAGUCUUUUUGACACAUGGAUAGAAUGGUAUCCAGAAGUCUUGGACGUCUUUUUGGGAAAACACUAUGUUUCCAAGCGAGAGGCAACAUCGAAAAAGUAUGAUGUGGAAAGAGUUUACCAUCAUCCUCAGUACGGAAAGCCAACUCCGUAUAAUAACGACAUGGCGCUGAUGAAGCUCAAAACACCCUACGAUGGAGUUGCAAAAAUCUACAGGCCAAUUUGUUUGCCAAGAACAGAUGCCUGGUAUCCACCUGACAUGGCUCUUACCACUGCUGGUUGGGGCAGAACAUCUAACAAUGGACCAGGAAGUGAUGUUCUACUGAAGACCGACAUGGACGUCUGGGAUGAAGAAGAGUGUGAGAAACGAUAUCCGAAGUGGUUCACAGAAAAGAUGUUGUGCGCAUACAGAUACGGGACAGACACUUGUGAGGGUGACAAAGGCGCUCCACUAAUGAGGUUAUAUUAUGGAAGAUAUUUACAUAGCUGGAGUGGCAUCAUGGGCAAGCAAUGAUGGUUGUGCAGCUCCAAAAGCGCCAAGAGUUUUUUCUGCAAUCCAUUCGAAUUUAAAAUGGAUAUCUGAAAUAACUGGUCUUUCAGUGGAGUGAAAGUUCCACUGAACUUGACCUGAAGUAAAAGGUUCCGAGGACAGUCUAGAGCUCAGUAUUAAAAAUCUUGAAACCACUUUCGCGUAAUAAAGACUUUAUUCUUGACUUAAUGCACUUCCUUUCGCUCAAAAUUGGAAGAUGUAACUUCAAAACAUAGUCACAGAUAAAUUCGU